AUGGCCGACUUUAACUGGUUCGGUAGAGGCACACUUUGCCUAAUUUUCUCAUUGGCACUUGGCUUGGGCAAGGUCGCCGUCACGCAAGGUUGGGAAGGUUUUCCGGUGCAGCACUCGAUUACCAAGCGAAUGGAUCUCGAGACUUGUCUAGUGCAUUUCGAUGUCCACCUGAACACGAUCAUUCGCACCGAGGAAUCACGCUCCAUGGGUGCAAAGUUCCUGGACGAUGCCGACGUAAACUCGCGGGAACAGUGCCUGAGACUGUGCUGUGAGACGCAAAAUUGCGACGUAUUUGUGUUCGAGGAAAAGAAUCAGGGCACCUGUUUCCUGUUCCAGUGCGGACCACCAACUGAUUUCCAUUGUAAAUUCACUCGCCAUUCUAAUUAUACGAGUGCCGUGCUUAAGAUUCCUUCGGUCGAGCAACCGCCUCCUCCGUUAGUCAAUCAAAUUCACUCUUUGACGGCCCAACCUGCUCCGGUGGCUAAACUUUCCCAGCAUGAGCUGGAAUUAGUUAAUUUGAAAGCACCAAAACCGCAAGUAAAGAGUGAUGGUACAACUUUGAUCCCACCGCUUGGUAUUCAACUGGGACAGCAGCCAACCACGACAACAACGACGACGACCACACCCUCACAGUGCGGUCAUUACGAAUUCCCAUGUCACUCGGGAGAAUGCAUUGCCGUGUACAAUGCUUGCGAUGGGAUUCCGCAGUGUGCCGAUGGCAGUGACGAAGGUCCAGAAUGCCGGCGUCCUCCACCGAUAAAAUCCUUCCAGCCGAUAUCGGUUCAACAACAGCAACCUCAGCAGCAGCAACAGCAGCAACAACAGCUACAGCCUGCAUUGAAUUCAAUGCUACUGCCAAACGCUCCGAUGUUUCCAUCCGACUUUCAACAGCAACCGGAUCGGAGAGCUCAACAGGAGCAGCAGAAAAUGGCGCAUCAAAUGCCGCACAAUCGAGAAGAUCCGAUGACGGCACCGAAACCAUGGCCUAGACCACUGGCGGAUCCGCAAAAUGGCUACUUAGACGCUCCCGACAGUCGCAUUUUCAAUCACAAGAGUGGCCUGCAGCUAGCUUCAAACCAGAUGACCUCUUCCCAGUAUCAAGAUUCUCUGCCGGACACGAGCUACGUCCCGAACAUCCCCCGUAACGGACCCUAUCUACCUUUGCAAAAUAAUUACCAAUCCAGUGCGCAGCAAUGGACAGAUCCACGCCUAUCCGCUCCCCAAAGAACGCUAUGGCCCAACCAACCGCAACUUCCUCAGGAGCAAUACGUUCAACCUCCACCUCAGCAUCAACCGGACGCGGUUCAGCCUCCUCCUAUGCAAGCCCCGGCACAAAUCAUUCCCUCUCAGCAACAACAGCAGCAGCAGCAAAUCCAGACUGCACCGGAAGUUGACCCAAAUUUAACCGGAGCAGACCUCACCAAACAACCGAAACUGGAUACGGCACCACCAUCCCCAAAGAAACCAUCCGAACCUCACGGCAAGUCGACCAAAUCAUCGGAGGAAUACGAAUCCUACGACGAACAGUAUCAGGAGAGUAAAUCCUCCAGCGAACAGGCGGAAAACGACGAAAAACAGGAACCACCACCGCAGCAGCAGCAGCAGAAGAAAAAACAACACAAACAUCACAACAAACAGCACGGUGAAGAACACAAAAAGAAGAACAAAUCCGGCAAAUCGUCCAAGAAGGACAAAGCCAUCGCUGAUGAGCACCCACCAGCUCCGGUUCACGAACAUCUCAAAAUGUUGCGAAACGAUCUGGAAAUCGAAUUCACCGAUCACGAUAGGCUGGCGGAACGACCGGGUGGAGCGGUGCUGUCCUUAACUUUAGGUGCCAUUCUCACCGCUGCACUGGCCAUCAUGAUUGGUUGCCGCAUGAAGGUAGCCCGGCGAAGGAUCCGACGGCAGGGCAAGUCAUCGUAUGCGCACGAUGCCGACUUUCUCGUUAAUGGAAUGUAUCUGUAA